AUAUUAAAGAAAAGUUGACGAUCUGUAACAGGUCUGACUCCAAAGUCUUUGAGACCUUUUUGAAAAAACUUGUUGGCAGGACAUCUAAACAGCAAGAGGAGUUCAGUAAAACAAAGGGCUGAAGAAACAGUUGGAGCAGAUGUGGAAGGUAAAGUUGAAAAGGGUCCCAGUGAUAAUGGGAGCAUUAGGAGCUAUAACCCAGAGUUGCAGCAGAUUCCAGGAACAACAUCUCGGCGUCAGAGCUCCAUGUGGAAGAGUGCAGUCUUGGGGUGUGAAGGAGAUUUUGCAUAUAUAUGUGUGAGCUGAUGACUCACGUGGAAGAGGAAGUAGUUUUCAGGGAGAUAAAUGGCUGACAGCUGAACAGAAACCAGAAAAACGAAAGUGAAAAUGUGGGAAAUAACACAUCGUAGAAAGUCAUUAACAGCAUCACGAUGGCUGUAGUGGCUCACAAGCUUUUCUUCAUAAAGUUAAAGAGAUACUGAUACUUUACAGAUAUGUAUUUACCCUUUGUAAUACUCUGCAAGUUACCUUUUUAUUCAUUGUGUUUGACACUGCGUCCAUAGUGUGAUGAUUGUUAACGAUACUUGUCACUGAUCAUGAAUAAAAGCCUCUGUUUAACUUGUAUGUAAAUCUGGGUCAAAAGACUGUGCAGAAUGAGUAUUACCCAUUUUAUGACUUUUUAUAGCUGUGAAUGUUUAACGAGUAUGACCCAGAUUGAGGUCAGCUGAUAAGUCAGUCAAACAAAACAUCGUAAUUUAUGGUUAGAAUGAAUAAACAGAGCUGCUUUGUAAAUCAUUCAUAAUUUAUAAAGAGAUGCAACACCGUUAAACUCUGAGUUAUCGUGACACACUCAGACUUGCACCAUGUUCCCCUCUGGCAGUGAAAUAUGAUUUAUCAUUGAUCAAAACCAGUGAGCGUGUAAAUGUUUGAUCAGAGCUGAUGUAUGAACACUUCAGCGGUUACUGUCACCUCUCACCUAUAUUUUCUUGUCAAAUGAAGACCUGCAGCUGAGUCACACAUGCAUGGGUCAACCAGAGCAUUUAUUGGCCUGUGGGAAGUUAAUCAAUUAUGGCUUUUGAGAAUCACAGACAGGAUCUGAGACUUGUUCUGCACUCAUUCAUUGUUCUCCUCACCUGCAUUUCAGAUAACUCUCCUUUGGAAAUGACCAACAUAAAGUCCAAAUCGCAGAGCCAGAGCGAUGAGGCCGAGGGCCCGGAUGGAGGCUGGGGCUGGGUGCUGGUUGUCGCCAUGUUUGUCAGCUCGAGCCUCGUGUUCGGCCUGAUGCGGAGCCUGGGCAUCUUCUUUGUGGAGUUCGUUCAGUACUUCGAGGAGAGCGCCCAGGCCAUCUCCUGGAUCUCGUCCACCGGCCUGGCAGCUCAGCAGUUCUUCAGUCCACUGGCCGCUGCACUGUGUAAUGCUUACAAUCCCAGAGUGGUGGUGAUGACGGGAGGCUUUCUGGCCGGGCUCGGCCUCACACUUGCCUCGCAGUCCACCUGUCUCGUACACCUCUACCUCACGAUGGGAGUAAUUUCAGGUUUUGGAUGGGGGAUGGUCUUCACUCCCAUGGUGGCCACAGUCAUGGCUAAUUUCACUCGCCGGCGUGCCCUGGCUCUGGGACUGGGGUUCUCCAGCAUCGGCCUCUCCUCCUUCGCUUUCAACCCGCUCUUUCAGCUGCUGGUGGAGACGUACGCCUGGCGAGGGGCCCUGCUGAUCCUGGGGGCUCUCAGCCUCAACAUUGUACCCUGCGGGGCGCUGAUCCGUCCGCAGCGGCGCUCUAAAGCACCGGAAAAGGUGGAUUCAGAGACAAAGUCAUGUGCGUCCAUGCUGCGGCGCAUCGCCUCUUACCUGGAGCUGUCCCUGCUGACUGAGAGGCCCUAUCUCACUUACACUUUGGGCGUUACUCUGUUUAACGUCGGCUACUUCGUGCCUUACUUCCACCUGGUGGCCCACAGUCGCCAAGUUGGCUUCUCAGAGUACCAAGCUGCCUUCGUUAUGUCAGCUGCAGGUGCUUCGGACAUUUUGGGGCGCGUAGUGUCGGGCUGGUUCUCCGACCUGGGCCACUUUCGGGUUGUUCAUUUACUGACCUUGUGGACAGGCCUAGCAGGAGUGUUUAUCAUGCUGCUGCCAGUGAGCUCCAUGUCUGGCUCCUACGCCACUCUGAUGGUGAUCAGCCUGCUUUAUGGCUUCUGCUCUGGGGCUUUGACCUCUGUUGUUUUUGCGGUGGUGCCCAUGAUUGUGGGCGUGGAGCGCACGAUGGGGGCACUCGGACUGCUGCAGCUCAUCGAGAGUGGUGCUGGACUUCUGGGGACUCCUUUGUCAGGAUUCCUGAAGGACGUCACAGGAAACUACAUCGCCUCCUUCAUGGUGGCCGGCUCCUUCCUCCUCCUCGGUAUGCUGACCAUGACCACCUUGCCUCGCUUUUUCUCCUGUACUGAUCCACCGCCUCCUCAAAGACGUUCCCUCGAUGCCAAAGAGAAAGUUUUGGAUUUAGAGCUGGAGCAGAUGAAUAGUUCGCCCUCUGACAAAAACCACACAGUGGAGUCGAAUGAUCCAGCAAACCCAAAACUGUGUUAGUAGAUAGAGCCUUGCACAUUCUGAGCACACAAUCAAAUUGCAUCCUGUUGCACACCUCCGUGAGCAACGAUGUAUUCAUGUCAUACCUCAGAGACUCAGUGAAAGAUGAAGCUUCCUGUGAAACUCGUAGCAGCUGUAAGGGAGCGGCGAGCUCCUCCCUCUGUUACAAAUACGAACCUCAGUUUAACGCUGGAGCCAGAACCUUCUGCCUUAAAGGAAACUGGACAUUUUUUAAAUAAUUCACGUGACUGUUUUUGACAUGUGACAUGCAAAGUGAGGUGCUGUUUUUUUUUUUAAUUAAUCAAUUUUUAUUAUUAUUAUUUUUGUUCAUGUGAACCUGAGUCUGACUUUUCUGCCGAAGACUGGCCAGGAUCUUUUAUAUUUGCACACACAUUCUUUGAAUGUGGCACAGCUCGAAAAUUAAGCAAAUGCUUGAUCAUCACAGCUCAGUUGAGUAACAACUCAGUUAAACUUCAGGGACGUCGGUCCGUGCUGUCAAGAAGCAUCCAUGAGUCCAUUUCACCUGCUUUAAUACAAAUGAAAUCAUGCUCUCAUUUUCCCUCCUGACCUGCUCGUGUCAUUGUUGGUAGAACGAGUGUGCAACUGCAGCCAGUUCAGCUUCCACAGGUUUGCAGAGUCCCCCAGCACAGUCUGAAGGGAGAUACCAGGAGACAGGCUGUUACUUGAGGAGAGCUGAAGGCGAGCACUGCCAGAGCUACAAAAAUGACCUAAUGUAUGAUAAGGACCGAGGCAAAAAGCAACACUAGAGAAAAGUCAGGAGGGAGCGAGCAGUGGUCCUUUUUUUUUAAAUGGGGUUGUUUCCUCUGCAGAGCAUCUGUCGUCACUUUGGUUUACGUUAGAAGUGAAGUGAUUCAGUGGUUUCUCCUUCCUCUGGACAAAUAGAUACACCUGAACUUUACCUGAAUUCGUGUUAGACACCGAUGGUCGAGUGCUCUCCUCAUUUAUUUCUUUGGUGUAGAUACCCUCCAUAAAGUGAGUCACUUUUUUAAAUUUUGCAUCAUCAUUGCAUACACUUUUACUAGCUUGGCAUGACAGGACUAAUGUGUGAAACGUUAGCUCUCUGACCUGAUCUGCACGUGACAAUGUUUUAAUUCGGAGAAACCCAGUAAAUUGAGCUUAAAACCAGUGGCACACUGGUUUUGGUCGAGUUACUGACAGGUCCUGUGAAAGCUUUUUCAAGGUUAUUAUAGUUAAUUAAUACUAAACCUAUGCAUGGCAAAAACUUGCAUCACUUCAGUCUGAGAAGCAGCCUCCACAUUAAGGCUGGAGUCUAAAAAUUAUUUUGAAACUAAUUAAAAAAAACCCUAAAAUAAACAAGAAAUUAAACAAAAUAAAUUUCAGCUCGUUGAAUAGGAUAUGAAACUAAUGUACAACGCUACAAUACAUGUGUUUUUUGGACUUUUUAUAUUCUUAACCCUGUCGUGCCAAGUGUAUCACACAUGAGCUGAUGUAUGAGUUUGUAACACUUCUAUAUCGUUGUCAUCAUCAACAUUAAAAGCUUAAUUAAAUUGCACAGUAGAUUUUUAACCUAUAAGAUGCAAAAAAUGCCAAAUGUAGCAACUAUAGUACAAAUUUUGUAUUUAAUUAAAGCGUUUCGUAAGGUUCAAUAAGCUCUCGAUUUUCAAAAAAAUAUAAGAAUUUUCUAGCGAUUACUUUGUGGUUUAAGCUUUAAAUGGUUACAUUUUUAAAGUUCUUCAGACAUACAAUAUCUCACAAUCAUAUGUGAGCCUCUGCUGGCUCAAAGAUGAGGUAAACCACAGUGUCAGCUGGUCUGGGUAAAAGAAUUUGUAUUUUAGAUGCUGACUGGUUAUGAUGCUUCAAAUUUAAAGGCGUGUUAAACACACAUACACGCUCCAAAAUUAGGAGAACAAAUUUAACGACUGCAGUGGCUGUUUUUCAGGUCUACGCUGAUGGUGAUUUACUGCUGCCUGCAAAUGUCUGAUUUAUUGUUGUAAUCUGUUGAAGCGGAUGUUUGGAUAUAAAAACCGCAGCAUGUCCUGUCCUGUUAACGCUGACUUAUUAUGAGCUCGGCUAAAUGAGCUGCUCGUGGCGACUCUGAACCUCAGGAAUUCCUCUUCCCACCGCUGCGUUUUGUUGCACAGCAGGAACACAAGACUGUGUUUUCUCAGUUGCGUUUUCCUGAUGACACAGUCGCCUUUUUUCCUCGAGCACUUUGUACUUUUGCUGACCGUAAACUAGAGCAGGCUUUGUAAACCAGACGUGUUUGGUUUGGAGAGCAGCUGGAUGGUUGCCAUGUUUGAAAGAAGAGCAUGACUGGAUCACUGUGACCUGCUGAUCAUUAGCACACUUACUUACUUUAAAGGUGUUGCAAUGCAAAAAGCAGGUGGUCUGUGCUGAACAGCUUCUUCUUAGUGUUCUUCCUCAACUGUCUGUGACUCUGGAGUAAAUUUACCUUGUCAGUUACCUGCAAAUUGUCAGUGAUUGUCUUCUUUAUUAUUAUUUUUUAAAGCAAACAUGUAUUUUUCGGUUUAUUUCAGUCUUUUCCUUAUCAGACAGAUCUUCACAGAGAUUGUUUUCAUCUAAAACGGCUGCAGGAUGCUGCUGCCCUCUGCUGGGCUUUUGACAGAGAUACAAACCGUAUUCAUCUUCUUUAACCACCUAAGACCUGAACUCUUCCACAGCAUGCAUUUUUAAUUUCUCUUUGAUAUUUGGGCUGAUUGGGACCUGAUGAAUGUAAAAACAAAGA